UGUGUUUUUUCUACUUCAUUCAGUUAAGUUCAGUUCUUCAUCGGCGUAUAAAGUAUUUGCACGGAAUUUCGCGUUACGCAUACGUAAAUGAGUAAAUUAAAUAGAAGAAAUUGAAAAAAAGAAUAAAAUAAAAAAAUAAAUGAAAACAAAGAAUUAAAGUGCAUUUUUAAAAUGUUUGCUCUUAUUGGGUUUCAAUUCAUUAAAAAACCGCGUUUUAACUUUCAAUUGGAAAGCAACAAAAAAAUUACUUAAGAAUGUUGAAAUAUUUAAAUGCAAAUAUUAGAAAGUUUAAGGAAAAAAUUUUUCUGGUAGUUGAAUAAAAUGGUGAUGAAAUGAUAUAAUUUAUUCAAAUUCUUUUUCCGUGUUAAAAGAAACGAUUUUUUUUUAUUAAAGUCUGUCAUUAAACACAAUUUGUUAAAAAUUAAUAGAAAUUAUUAAUAAUUUUUUAUGUAUUAAAAAAACCAAACAAAAGUAUAAAAACAGGGUGUGUGAAGGCGUUCAAGAAACAAAACAACAAAAAAUUGUUCGAGAGUGUAAGUGUGUUUGUGUAGUUGUGGCGCAAAGGAGAAGAAGACGGUGGCAUGUGUAUGUGUGUAAAAAUUUUAUAUUGAAAUUGCGUCGAAAUCAAAGUAAAGUAAAGCUUUGUGGCAAAAGCAAAACAAAAUAAUAAUAAUAACAACAACAACAACAAAAACAAGCAACACAAACAACAAACAAAACAGAACAGAGAAAUAUAUACAACAAAAAUAUAUAAAAAAACAAAAGUAAGCAAUUGAUUGGUCAUUCAAAUACGACCCAUGUCGUACCCUAUACAUUUAUUUAUAAUUUUUAGAUUCAUUAAAAAAUUCAAAUUAUUUCCUUAAAAAAAGAUACUAAUUAUUAUAAAUAGUGUUAAAAUACAGACAGUAUAAUAAAAUCAUCAUUAAUGAUUAAAUUAAUAUCAUUAUAAAUUAGUAAUAAUAAUGUCAAAUGAAUGCAACAAUGAAUUUCAAGUUUUUUAACAAAAGUGCAAAAAACCGAACAAAACCAAACGUUUUUUCCAAAAUUUAUAUACCCCAUGUCUUUUUUUAUAAUUAUAUAUAAAAGUGUUUUUAAAUUAAAUAAAAAUUGUCAAAGUGGAAUAUAAAUUAAGAAGAAAAAAAAAAAUAAAACAAAAUUAUCUAAUAAAUAUUGGCAAUGUUUUAUAGACACAAAGUGUUGCUAAAAUUGCUGCUGCACAUUUUGUUGUUGCUGUUCGGUGAUUUCAACAACUCAUGGAUAAAAAUCAAAUUAACAGUUAAUGGCAAUCCAAUAGAUAAAAGACCAUUUUUACAAAUUAAAAUUCCCUCCAUAAGAAGACUGAUAAUUUCACAUCCGCAUAAGCCCUAUUAUUUACAGUGUAAAGCCUAUAUUGAUGAGUCCUCCUAUCAGAAUGAAACUGAAUAUUUUUUUACAUGGCUUUUCAACGACAAGAGUCUCAAGAAUAAGAAACCAAAUAAUUUUAAUAUUUAUCGUAAUGGAACCUUAAGAAUUUCAGGCGAUGAAAAAAUCAGUGGCGAAUAUCGUUGUAAAAUAAAUGCAAAUAAAACUGCCGUUAUAUCGGAGAGUAUAACAGUGGAAUAUGCUGUACUCAAACGUCGUCCUGCCAAUGUUAGUUUAACAGCACAAUCUGGUUUGUCCUUCACAUUAAAUUGUCCUAUUUUUAGCAUUCCACCUGCCAAUGUAACGUGGUAUUAUGGAAAUGUAUCGUUAUCGAAAAUUUUCAAUGAGAACAGUUUUUUAUUUUUAAAUAAUGGCAGUUUGGUUAUAAGACAAGUUAAAGCAGAAAAUGCUGGCAAAUAUCGAUGUAAUGCCCACAAUCAAUACACAGCCAAAGAGCAUCGUCAAGCAACAUUAAAUUUAAAUGUUGAGGAAACUAGUGAUGAUCAAAGACCUCCCAAUGGACAAUUAAUACCUCAUUUACAAAAUACCACAUUAUAUGUUCCGCUAAAUGAUGAUUUAAAUUUAACAUGUUGUACACCAACGGAUGAUGUACCCAUUGAAUGGUGGUUUCAUCAGUCAAGUGCUACACCAUGGAUUAAGUUAUCGAAUAAUAGUAAAGAAUAUCACAUACGAAACAGUAUAGAACAAUAUGAAGGCUAUUAUACAUGUGCUACAAUUAUAAGUAAUCAGACCUUUCAUGUCAUUGUUACCAGACCUCCUGUUGUUUCCCAAGAAUUGCCCAUGUAUAAGGGUUAUGCAGCCGCCACAAUCGUCUAUAAAUGUUUAGUGACGGGGAAUCCCCGUCCCACUAUAACAUGGUAUCAUAAUGGUGAAGUAUUUAAUAGUUCUAUAACGCGUUAUAUAAAUGGCAAUCAAUUGCAUAUCGAAUCAUUUGAUCCCGAAGAAAGUGGGAUAUAUCAAUGUUUUGCUCGUAAUAUAGCCGGUGAGGUUUACACAGCCGGUGAAAUACGUCCAGAUCGAGUGGUUGUUAAAGCAAAUCCUCUAAAGAAUAUACGUUGUUUUGCUCAUACAUUUAGUUCGGUGAAUGUAACGUUUGAAAAUGAAAGUUCAGUGUCCCUCUUCGUAGUGAAUAUUAUACAAAAUAAUCCAUUUCGUUGGAGCUCGCCAUUCUCACCGAUGAAACUGAAUACUUCAUACGUCAUUAUAGACAAUGAUUUACCAUACAUACGACCAUUUGAGCUAAUAAUACGUGGCCUAGUGCCCACCUCCGACAUUAGUGUGGGCAGCAAUCCUACGGGUAUGUUAAGCACACUAAGAAGUCAACCGGUUACAUGUUGUACCCAGGGCUUACCUCUGCGCGUUGUACAAUUAGGCAAUAAUACUUUUGUCACCUGGUCCCUGAUUGCAAUGAAUACCAAGAAAUAUUUUAUUGUACAAUUUUCCAUCAACAAUAGUAGUCCUGAUCCGCAAUAUUCAGUGUCACAGCCCCUGGUGGGCACCGUACAAAUAGUAAAUUUAAAUGCUGAAGAUAUUUAUCAUAAAUUAAGAAAUAUUGAAGCUUUAAAUGCCAGCGAAUCGCGAAGAGUUCUUCAAAAUGCCGUAUCAAGUUAUAGUGAUAAUGAUGCCACCAUAACGAAUAAUUUAGAUGGAGAGGAGAAUAUCUUUAAUUUGGUCCUACCAGCCAAUGUUACCGGUUUAAUGAUGAAUCAUUUUACACGUUUAAAAUUGCGAGUUUUACUGAUUACCAGCGAAAAUGAAAAUCUGGCUCAAGAUUUUCGUUAUGUAGAAUGGAAAUCGAUUGUUAAUGAUACUGGUGAUGUUAUAGCCAUACCUUAUCAUUUGACCACCAUAGAAUCGCGCAUGUUAAUUUUUCAUUUUCAGGAGGGUUUCAAUGAGUCCUGUGUACAAGUGUGUUAUCGUCGUAUACACUUUCCGCAUAUUAUCGAGGAAAAACGAAAAUGUGAAAAACAUUCGUUAGAGCAUACCGACAUGGAAAUAACAAAUUUACAUCCCAAUACCCACUACAGUUUUCAUUUUUCUAGCUGCGAUACCAACAUAUUCUAUGGACAAAUGGAUGUUGUGACUUUACAAGAUCCUCCGGGUACUAUAAAUGUUCCAAAUGUCACUAGACAAAAUGGUUUAAAGUUAAACUGGGAACCGCCUUUACAGCCAAAUGGUAAAAUACAUCAUUAUAAUAUUUUAUGGACUCUGGGUAAUGUAACGCAUGAGGCUAAUGUGUUAGAUUGUAAAAUUUGUUACUAUAAGUUUCCCAAUAUAUCGGAGUCAGCCAAAAUAAAUAUUUCCGUUAGAGUGGUGGGUGAGACGGGUGUUGGUGCUCCCAUUUCCAUAGAUUUACGCCAUAUCAAUCAUUUGUCCUUGGAAAAGGAAGGUUCUGGUUCUAGUUCUCAGGUCUAUAGUGGCAUUGCUAUUGGUUCUUUACUCUCCAUAGUUUGUAUCUUUGGUUUUGCUAUUUUAAUAAUGAUACAAAGAAAACGCUUUAAGGCUCGUCAGCAAGGACCCACCCACUUGUCCACACCCACCGACAUACACUUUGGCAAUCUUAGUAAUACUGGUUUGCCGGGAGGUAGUGCUGGUGGUCUUAGUUCUACUACCAUGCCACCAGACUGUCAUGAAAUGCAAAAUCUUAUACCUAAGGUGGCGGGACGAAGAAUUGAUCUUAUGCCCAGUGAACGUUCCAAAUACGAGACUACCCAGCUGCCCAAUGGCAAUGGAGAUGUGACACUUAAAGCCUUAGAUAAUCUGGAAAUUACUAAUAAUUCUUCGAUUUUAAGUGAGUACGAUAUGGGCAGUGAACAUAAUCUAUCGUCGCAGCCAUUGUGCAAGACAAGUCCCCAUAAAAAGUCCUCAAAAGUGGCCACCGUCUCGGAGUGUAGUGGCCAAACGACAACAAAACCCUUUUUUAUACCCUUCAAAACGAUACAUCCCCACAGUGUGGCCAUAGCGCAGAAACAAAGUUCCUCAACAUUUGCGGCCAGUGUGCAAACACCGCCAAAUUCCAUAGCUUUGACUUUAUCACCAGUUGAAACUAUGAAUAGCAGUUUUAGCUCACGUCGCAGCAAUAGUUUAAGUAGCAGUAGUAAUAGUAAUGGCAGUUGUAGUACUGCCAAUUCCAUUAAGUCUAAACAGUUCCAUGGUAAUUUUCCUAAACAUUCCACAUCGAUAGAUGGCAUUUGUCUAUUGGCCGAAGAGCAGACGGCCUCAACACCAACGCCCACCUCCGAAACGGAUGUAACGGCAGAGGUGCUGAAAAAUGGUUUCCAACAUAAUGGAGAGCAUUUCAAUAUAAUUUCAAGUCAUUGCCCCCUAAAUCCAUCCACGUCGAAAACUUCACCUACAACAAGAACUUCAAUAUUCAAAACGAAAAUCCACAAUAACAAUAAUAAGAAAAAUAAAUCCAAAAAAUCUACGAAUUUACAAAAUUCCUUUAAAAAAGAAAAACACCAACAACCUCAAUCAUCCAAAUUAAAAACAGCGGCAGCAUUAACAGCAACAACGAAUUAUCCUCAUAACAGCGAGUUAUCGUAUAUAGUUCCUGUCACUGAUCCUUUAACAGACUCGGCAUCAGUGUCUACAACUUCAAAAUCGCUUAAAACUUGGUCACAACCACUAACGACUUUUGCCACAACCUCAAGCGGUUUAGCAACGAAACAUAAAUAUCCAAAUAUGGAUCCAAAUGGUUGAAAUUUGUUGGAAAUUUUUCUUAAAUUUUCUUAACGUACAUACAUACCUAUUUCUCAAAUUAUUUUUUAUUUCUGAUCUGAUCACAAACAGAAUCAAAACGUUUUUUUUUCUAAUUUAACAUUUAUAAAACGACAACUAAAAUAAACAAAUCUCGAAACACAGUGAUAAUUUUUAAAAAUUAAACAAAACACAACAUUCCAUGAAGAUAACAUUUUAUAAAUGUUUAAUAUUUUUUAGGCAUACUAUACAUUUUAUUGUAAGAUUUAUUUAUUUAUAUUUUAUUAACAAGAAUACCAAGGUAUCUAAAUAGAUGAUUAAGUUUUUUUAUUAUUUUUGCUAUAAUUUUACAUGAAUAAUUGCUUUAAAACCAGCAAAUUUCUGAUUGAUUCUGUAUCAAGAAUAUUUUAUUUGGCAGUGUUAAGAGUUUGUCAUAUAUUAUAUUUUGCUGGUUUUUAAUUAAUUCUUUUUAAGAAAGUGUUCAGUGUUGUUAAUUCUAAAGAAGUUUGAAAUAUAUAAAAUUUGUCCAAUAUACUUACAAUUAAUAACAGUAUUUAAAAACUAUGAUGACUAUACAUUAGAUCGACUCCCAAAAUAAAGUGCUUGAGUUACCCCCUCAAAAUAUUUUGGGUUUAGUGUUGUUCGUUCGUGAGCUGGACAGUUUUCAAGAAAAAAUCAUAUGGGGAACAUAUUUUUCAUGAUCAAUUCAAUAUUUUAACCAGAAAAAUCUUUGUUUUGUUUAAUGAUUGUUCCCAAAAUGUUUUUAGUCUAUCGAUCACCAUUCGUGAGCCGGACCGAUUAGAAAAAUGUCCCUUUUCAGUUAUUUUUUUAAAUUUUACAGUUUUUUCUUAAGCAAUAUAAAACAUAUGAAAGUUGUUGUGAAGUACAAAUUUUGCAAAAUUGUGUAUGAAAAACCUAACAAUUUUAAAUAUUUUGGAAUAUGAUAAUUAUGAGGUUAUUUAUGAUUAAUACAUCAUUGGACGCUGCUUUAAAAUUUCUUCCAAACGAUACCCCAUAUUGUAUAUUUUGUUUUAAAACAAAACUAAAUUUAAAAAAAAUCCAAAAUUCCUUUUCCUUUUGGUCCAGCUCACGAAUGGUCAUAGCUAGACUUCAGAUAUUUCGGGAAUCAUCAUAAAACAAAGCAAGGUAAAUUUUGAGAGGGAUAACAAAAACACGUUUUUGCUUUUCAUACAAAGUGAGUCGGCCUACUAUUAAUACAUAUAUCUUUAAAAAAUCUAUUCGGAAAUUUAUGUUUUUAAACUUUUUAUCUAAAUUUCUCAAAUUAAAAUGUUGAUUUUACUUACAAAUUGUUGAAAGUUUUCAUUAAAACACACAAUAUCGGCACACUGCACAGUGGUAUAACAAAAUAAAACAUGGAAUUAUUCUGUAACAUUUAAAAUGCUCCUACGAUUUUAAUGAAAUUUAACAUGACUAAAGUGGUCGAGUUUUAAAUUUGGAUUUAAUGGACCCAUCGAAUGAUUUCAUAAAACACCAAGCUUUUUUCAAAUUAUUCUUUAUGCAAGUGAGAUUGCAUUAAAGACGUACAAACUGUUAAUAAAUUACAGAAUUAUUUUCCACUUUUUAUUUAUAUAACACUGUGUCACCACAGAUGUCGAUAAAUGACACUACAAUUCAGUAUAAAACUAUUAAAUUAGUAAAUUUACAGUCGAAAUAACAAAAUAUUGUAGAUAAUUUGUAACACUUGGGCGUAUGAUGAAUUUAAUUUUGGUAAUCAUAAUCAUACGCUCUAGAUAAAAAUGAUUUACGAGUUCUCUUUAGAACUUCUUAAACUUUGAAUACUUUCUUUAAAAAACAAAUACCAUACUAUUUAAUACAGAUUUUAUAAUUUGUAAGAAAAAAAUAUUUCAUAUAUAAUACGAUUUUCAUAUGAUUGAGGCUAAUUAUAUAUUUAUUAUUACAAUAAAUAACAAAAACAAAUUAUUUGUUUUAUAUUAUAAUUUAAAAUAUAUUUAAGCAUGUCCCAAAUAUCAAUACAAACAUCUACAACAACAAAACUAGCAAUAGCCUAAAAUCAAAAACCAUUGAUUGACACUAAAUAAAACAACACCAACAAAUAAAUAAAACCUUUUCAAUGCCUCCAUCCAACCCCUCAAACAUUUGCAAUAGUCAAACCAUUUUUUAUUUUUAAUAAUUAUUUAGUAAUUUUUAUAUUAAUUUAUGUAUUUUGUUUUAAUUUUUAUUGUCAUUAUUAAAAAGUGUUUAAUUAAUUUUAUUUAUAUUAUUAUACAUAAUUGUUGCAUUCCUUAUUUAUAUGUUUUUUUUAUAACUAUAAUGUUUUAACUAUUAUUUUAUUUUAAUUUAUUUAUUAUGAUUGUAAUUGUUUUAAACUAAAAUUGAGUUCAUUUUUUUGCAAACCAUAAAAUUAAACCGAAAAAUAUCCAAAACGUACCUGAUUGCAGUUUAACAAAAAAAAGACAAACCACAAAAAGACAUUUUUUUUAUAUGUUGUAAUUUUUUAAAAUAAUUUUAAUUUUUCUUUUUUAAUUUUAACAAUUUAUGAAAAGUUUAAAGUAAAUAUGUAUUUGUAGGCUUAGUGGGUAAAUGAUCUAAGUCUUCUUUUUGAAAUUUUACAAAUUUUUAAAGAAAAUUUUGUCAAAAAAUGUUUAUAACACAUUCAUAGCUUUUGUAUUUAUUCAAGGAUAAAGUUUACUAAGCUGUAUACUUUUUCAAUUCCAAAACUUCUAUAUAUUUAUAGUUAGCUUUUAAAAUUUCAUUUAAAAUAUUAAAAUUCCACAAAAACAAGAUGUUUGGGUAUUUCAAUAGUUAUUUUUGUACAAUUCACCAUCGGGUUUGUAAAAUUGUAAAGUUGUAUGUUGUAAUUUGUAUAAUAAUUGUUUUGAAAACAAAACUAUAAUAAUAUAACAUACAAAGAUACAAGGCUACGAUACCAAUUGUUAAUUGAGCAAUUUAUUCAUAUUCAUUAUUAUCAUAAAAAUAGUAAGAAGUAAGAGACUCAAAUUAACCAUCUUAUUCAUAAUCAUUUAUCAAAGGUUUAUAAAAUACAUUUUGUAUUAACAUUUGUUUUUAAACCUUUAAUAUGAGUAAGGUCCUUAAAAUUUGGCAUAUAUUGCAAUUUCGUUUUAUAUUACAUAGUAUAAAACGAAAUUGCAAUAUAUUCUCUUGGAAAAUUAACUACAUUUUUAAUAAAUAUAAAAAAUUGAUAAACUUAAGCAAAACAAAAAUAAUCAUGAGUUGAGAUGUGAAAAAAACAACCUGUAUUCGAGUACCUCUUAAAAUUACAAAAAAAAAACACAAAAUGGAUUAAUAUUUUAAAGGAAAUCAUAAAUAACAUCAAAUUAAAUAUAAAAAAAGAAAACUCAACACAAAUAAUUAAUUAAACGAAAAAUAUUUUUGUAUUUAUUAAAAACUAUGUGCCUCUUUCUCUAAAUGCGAAUGAACAAGUGUUUUCUAGAUUUAUAUUGAAAGCAAUAAAUAAAUUCGAAAAAUUGUUAUUGUUUUCAAUAUAAAAUGAGAAAGAAAUUUUCGUUGGCAUUUACAGGAACUGGCAGUAUUUAUUGUAAAAAUAAUUCGAAUUUUACACAAAUGAAAUUGAAUGACUUUGAAAAAAAAUUAAAAAUUUUGAAAUGGAAACACUAAUUAAAACUACAAGACAUAGCAUGUCUUUAAUUGGAAUAAAACUUUUAUAAAGUAUUUGGGUCAGUUAAAACGAAUAAUUUUUGUCUAUUUGGAACGAUUUAUCAUAAUAAACUAUUGUGUGUAAGAGGUGUUAAUGAAAUCAUAUAGGGGUUAAUCUAAAACAUACCAACAAAACCAAAAUUACUGUUAAAUAACUCUUAUCACCAAUUCAAAAAUACCACUAAAUAAACUUUAAUACCUUCUGAGAAAGUGAUGUUUAAUGACUUACAAAUAAGCCAAAAAAUUUAUUUUUGGCAUCUUGUUAAUAUUAUUUAAAUCAAGUUAGUUAAAAAUUAUUACCAGAAAACAUGUAGAUUAUUUCUUGAGAAUGACUUGAGAAGUAGCGAAUUUUGACUCAAAGAAUAAGGACAUCCCUCCUUUGUCGAGCGUGUGUUAAAAUCAUCACUUCUGAAGGUUUUUAUCGGUACUUUCAUAGAGUAAAUUCUACUUUUUCUUGCUUUUUUGCAAGUUCUCAAAGAAUAAGGACAUCCCUCCUUUGUCAAGCCUGUGUUAAAAUAAUCACUUCUGCAGAUUUUUAUCAGUACUUUCAUAUAGUAAAUUCUAAUUUUUUGUAAGAGAGUAAUGAUUUCUACAAAACUUGUUUUUAUCGAACUCUUGCAAUAAUGUAAUUUUUAAAGUAAUAUUCUGCGAGGAAUAUAAAACUUGUUGCCUGUGUGGGCACUUCUAUGGAGGGUAGGUAAUCAUUGACUAGAUCGAUGCAGAAAGUUAUAAGUAGUUAUGUGGGUCUUAAUUGAAUAUUUCCAUAUGUUACAAACGCGGAAAGACCAAACAGUAAAAGUAAAGUAGAAUGGAAAAUACUCCUUUCUGACAUAAUCAAUUCACUCCUCAGAUGAAAUAUUGUAUUGAUCCAACCUGCAGAUGUGAGCAAUUUCAAGAUGUCAUUAAGUUUAGAUUCAGAUGUCUCACCGUGAUUGGAGAUAAAGUGACUGCCUGCUAAAGCAGGACAUUUGUAGAGAAUAUGGAAGACCAUUUUUUCUUUUCACUAAAGUGGAAUAAAACUUCUAUUAUAUCGUUUUAUUGGAUACGAUAUUUAAAAGAAAAGUUGGUAAGGUACCUUUAUAACUUCAAUGGAUGGACAGACAUCGUUUAAUCGAAUUAAAAAAAUAAUUAAUAUUCGAUUUGAAUUUCUUUGGAUCCAAAAUUUUUGUUCGUUAUAAAAAAUAUUUAAAAAGCAAAAUAACUUUUAAACUACAAUAGUGACUUUACCCCAAACCAUGAGUUUUAAAAAUGUAGGUGAAGGUAUCUUAAAGAAUAAAGAAGAUAUGUCAGAUGUUAGGACUUUACUUUAAGGUUGGCGGAAUGGACUUUCAGAUGAUAUACAUUUUUUAAAUACAGUUGUGUUGGCGCUGUUAUAACAUCACAAUCAGUGCCAAAAAUUACGUUUUUUUUUAAAUUUCAGGAUACUAUAUCUCAAAUCUCAGAUGUGAUGGACACGCAGCAAUGCUCAAUCAUUGAGAAACGUCUAAAUUGGUCUUAGAGUUUUGUAUUCUUUUUUAUUUGGUAGACCUGUAUAAUUUUUCAAAAUCAUUCAAUUUCACCUAAUAAACUUCUCAAACAAAAUUUCUAAAUCAACUAAUUAAAAACUAAUAAAAUUUUAUACAAUAUCUAUAAACACUUUAAAAAUUAAAAAAAAUAUUAUUAUGUAAAUAAACAAAUAUAAUUGUAAUUGUAUGUUCAACAGUUCUUUAAUUUUUGUAGAAUUUAAGUGCAAUAAACUAAAACGUAAACCAGCCAUAGCCAUAAUAAAUGUAAAAAAAAACCUACAAAACUAAAUAACAAAAAAUAAAAUGUAAAAUAAAAACAAACACCAUCAGAUCUCUAAUUUAAAUAUUAUUUAUUGAAAAACAAAAAAAAAAAACAAAAACUACAAUAAACAGAAAAUAAAACCAAUAUAAAAACCCCAGUACCUUUUUAGUCCUCACAUUAUAGCUACAGACAGACAUACAUACAUAGACUUUAAUAUAUAAAAAUAAAUAGUAAAUAAAAAAAAAA